AUGCCUUGUAACCAUAUACUAAUAAAUACAUAAAAAAAUAAGUAUUAUCAUUGUGUUAAUGACAUUUAUAUUAUCUUAAAAUCACAAUGAUAUUGUAUAUCUCGCUAUAAUUCCAUUGACGAUAUAUCGUCCACACAAUAUCGUUAUCGUGAGAGGCCCAGACUAGCGAUCAAUAAACAAAGUCAGGGUCCUGAGCUGCCGUUAGCCAGCUCGCUGCACCUGGAGCUAACAGCUAAGUACCGCGUAGAUAGCUAACGAGCUAUAUAUGACACACAGCCUAAACUUUAGGAAGACCUUGUAGGCUAGCUAUACGUUCCAGUAGGUGCAGUUAAGGUGUUCUGAGAAGAAAUGUACUGAGUUACAGAGAGCACUGGCUUAUAUUUAACGUUACACUGUUUACACCCUUCAUAGCCGCCUCUGCGAGCCCAGUGUUUCAGGAAGAGGGAAGCAGCGUCUGCAGAGAGUGAUUGAAACGCGCUUUGCCCAAUCAGACGCGAAGCUGCGGGACGCGGCGGCCAAUCGCGUUGGAGAAGGAGGGCGGGACAUCCUGUGCGUGACGCGAUUUUCACAGUCAACACUGGAAGCCCCACCUUUUGUGUUUCCCGCACCGUCAAUCAAAAUAGAAAAAAAUAGAGUGGAAUCACCGAGCGCAGCCCGCCUCCGACUAAUAUAAUCAUGUUAGGCGUGUAAUUAAGCCGGGAUUUUAGCUUAUUAAAGUUAAGAGUACAGAGACUGGUCUGUAACAUUUAGCCCAUUUUUGGCGUUAGGCGCUUUCCGCAGCCUUGCCUGGGCUAGGCUAGCUCGGUCAAUGCUAAGAGUAUGCAGACUGGUUCUACUGCUAAUCUCUCUCUUAGCUAGCUAGGAUAGCUUAGCUUACUGUUAGCAUUAGCGAGCUAACGCUAACUUAGCCUAGCCGGCUCUGGAACAGCCUGUUCGUGCGCAGCCCGUCGAGUUCGUUAGAUUAGCUAGGCUAGCGUUUAGGGGUCUCUUAGCGGGGAUGCGGCGGUGUCGGGAGUAGAGCGUGGAGCGGGUCGUGUGGCGGCCGAUCGACUGAGCGGUUGUUCUGCUUCGUUCCCCGGUUUCUGCUGCCGUUUCUCCAGCGCCCCGACAACCUAGCAGCCUGCGAGCCGAGAGGAAAUGGCUGCCUUAGACGUGGACAGCAGUCAAAGCGAGUUUCCGCAGCAAGAUGGUAGCAGGGGAGACCAGGACACGCAGCCGUCACCGCUCGCGCUGCUGGCAGCGACCUGCAGCGAGCUCGGCUCGCCGGCCUCCGAGAGGGAGAACGGCGGCGGCGCUGCUGCUGCCGCUGCUGUGGCAGCAGACCCUACAUCCGUGCAUUUAGCCACAUCCGAACGAUGGGAUGAAGGCAAGGAUGAGUCCGGCAUUGUGCAGCUGUCUGGCGCAGGCAUAGUCACCUCCAACGGCCAGUACGUCCUUCCACUUCAGGGCCUUCAAGGCCUUCAGAGCCAUCCCAUCUUGCUAACAUCAGGGACGGACUCCUCCACCAAUGCAGUGCCUAACAUCCAGUACCAGGUAAUCCCUCAGAUCCAGACGGCAGAUGGACAGCUGAGCUUCUCUACCUCCACGGUGGACGGUGCCUCACUGAUGCAGGAUGCUUCAGGGCAUAUUCAGAUACUUCCUGAUGGCUCUCAGACCAUCAGUGUAGCUGGUACUGCAUCAGCCAGCAUCCUCAGCAACAGCCAGAACCUCAUGGCUCAAACAGGCCAUGUCCAGCAGAUCCAGGGAGUCACUUUGGGAGGUUCAACAUUUAACAGUCAGGGGCAGGUGGUUGCUAAUGUGCCUAUGGGCUUGCCUGGUAACAUUACCUUUGUGCCCAUUAACAGUGUAGACUUGGACUCCCUCGGGCUGUCAGGGGCCCAGACAAUAGCAACAGGAGUGACUGCUGAUGGACAGCUAAUCAUGACCAAUCAGACGGUGGAACACUCAGAAGGCUCCAAAAAGGGAGAACAGUUAUCACAGUCUACACUGGUGGUCAGCAACAAUAAUGCAGCAGCAGACAUGUUUGUGCCUACAACUUCAUCUUCCUCCUCAUCGUCGUCACAGUUGGCCACCAGUACGAUAGAUGGCACAGGCGUGCUGACCCAGGCCACAGCAGUGCCCGAUCAAACAGAGGGCUACCUCUCUCAGGGCCAGGUGUCAGCAGGGCAGCAAGUGAUCCAGCUCCAGACCAGUGAUGGGCAAGUGGUCCAGCAGCAGAUUUCAGCUCAAGGCCAACAGCCUCUUCAGAACGUACAGCUUAUCAACCCAGGGACCUUCCUCAUUCAGGCGCAAACCGUCACACCUUCAGGGGAGAUACAGUGGCAGACCUUCCAGGUUCAGGGUAUUCAGAACCUUCAGAACUUACAACUCCAGACAACACCAGCCCAGCAGAUCACUUUAGCGCCAGUGCAAACACUGUCUCUUGGCCAAGGGGGCUCACUGAGCUCUACUCCUGUUAGCAUCAGCUCUGGGCAGAUCCCAAAUUUACAGACCGUCACAGUUAACUCGGUGGGCCAGGCAGCAAUCCAACUCCAGCAUGGAGAUGACACAGAUAGUCCUGGAGAUAUUCACAUAAAGGAGGAGCCGGACUCAGAAGAGUGGUCUCUUGGUGGUGACUCCACUCUUAAUACCAAUGACUUGUCUCACCUGAGAGUGAGAUUGGUAGAAGAGGACAUGGAGGGCAUGGGCCAGGAGGGCAAACGGCUACGCAGGGUUGCAUGCACCUGCCCCAACUGUAAAGAGGGCGGUGGAAGGGGUACCAGCAUUGGCAAGAAGAAACAGCAUGUGUGUCACAUAGUAGGCUGUGGGAAGGUCUAUGGAAAAACAUCCCACCUGCGAGCCCACCUGCGCUGGCAUUCGGGAGAAAGACCCUUUGUCUGCAACUGGAUGUUCUGUGGCAAGAGAUUUACACGCAGUGAUGAGCUCCAGAGACAUCGGCGAACACAUACAGGGGAGAAGAAGUUUGUGUGUCCACAGUGCUCGAAGCGGUUCAUGCGCAGUGACCACUUGGCCAAGCACAUAAAGACACAUCAGAAUAAGAAGGGUGGAGGUGGCACAGUGGUGGCCACCAUGGACACGUCCGCCUCUUCUGACAGCAUCAUCACGUCAGGCGGUACCACACUCAUCCUCACCAACAUCCAGCCGGGUGCUGUCCAAGGCCUUGCUACGGUUAACGCUACCAUUAAUACGUCCAACUCGCAGGAUCUGCUUACUACAGCGGAGAUCCCUCUGCAGCUAGUCGCUGUCGCGGCCAGCGACGCCACUGAGUGACCAUCGGGAGCCUUGUAACCAAAGAGGGGGGGGGCAUGGUAGACUCUUUAAGGAAGGAACCACUUCAUAGGGAUGCAACUGAACAUUUUAUUUGGCUGCCAAGAUUCAGUGGCUUCCUUUUCUUUUCUUUUUUUUUUGUUUUUUUUUUUUAACCUUUCCAUUAUCCUCUCCUUCUUGCUUCUCGCUCCUGGACCUCAGUUUUGACCAUUGACUCCCUUCUCACACAUUUACCAUGCUUUUUAUACCCACACAGAUUAUUCUCAUUUACGUAAAUCUGUACAUUUGCGUAAAUGCAUAUAUAUACAUAUAAAUAUAUUUUGCAAAUAUAGAAUAUUGAUUUAUGUUUGUCUGCAGUCUUUUUAUGGCCAGAGUGGAGCAGAAGAGCGUCGGUUCAUGUGGUUCCCAUAUAAAAACACUGAAAUGCCUUAUUUUGUAUCAUACUCUGUGUACAAAAGUAGAGUUGCUGAUGAGUUGUAAAGCAACCGUGUCAAUGUGUGUGUCUCAAUGGGGUAGUCUUCAUACAGGAAGCUGCAGAGCUGGAAAGUGUGAGGAAUGGAAUAUUAAUCUGAUGUUGUGGAUUGUUUAGGUAAUGUUUUGCCAUUAGUUGGCCGCACCAUAAGGGAGGUUAUUAAAUGUAUAACAUGAACUGAAUGCUAGAAUGAAGUGUGCCGCUCAUUUACUGGCCCUUACCAGUAAGUACUUCAUGUCCGAAUGUGUCUUUAACGUGUCUGUUCGAUGCUCUUCCUUGACUACCUGUCAUGCAUAUAUGAUUUCUUCCAUGUGGUCCUUUUUUUUCAUUUGUUUAGUCAAAUCGAGGCUUUGCAAGGCUCCCUCUCUAAGCUGAAGCAUUGUGAAGAAAUUUGCAGGUGGCAAAACAAAAAACAAUCAAUGUAAUUAAAAACUGUUUCUUCUUUAUGAAUCUCUUACAGUUGAUCCAAUGUUAUGCAUUUGUUGUCAAGUCUUUUUGAGCAAGAAAAUAUUUAUAUGAGGCUUUGCAUAGUGAACUGGUUUUGUGGUGUCUA